GUGCGCCGCCCCACGGGGGAGGAGCGGGCGCGGGGCGGGAGGGGACCGCGGCGGGACACCCGGGCCGGGAGCCCGCGGGCAGCCACCGCAACCUCCUCGCAGGACCGCCACCACGGGGUCCGGGAUGAGCCUCACUCGGAAAAGGGGCUUCUACAAGCAGGACAUCAACAAGACUGCCUGGGAGCUACCCAAGACCUACCUGGCGCCCGCGCACGUCGGCAGCGGGGCCUAUGGAGCGGUGUGGUGAGACCCGGGGACCCCAGGAAUCAGAGGAGCCACGGGCCACCCCUCGGCAGCCUCCCCGACUCGGCCAUCGACAAGCGGACAGGGGAGAAGGUGGCCAUCAAGAAGCUGAGCCGGCCCUUCCAGUCGGAGAUCUUUGCCAAGCGCGCUUACCGCGAGCUUCUGCUCUUGAAGCACAUGCACCAUGAGAACGUCAUUGGGCUUCUGGAUGUCUUCACCCCUGCGUCUUCCCUUCGGAGCUUCCAUGAUUUCUACCUGGUGAUGCCCUUCAUGCAGACAGACCUACAGAAGAUCAUGGGGAUGGAAUUCAGCGAGGAUAAGGUCCAGUACUUGGUGUACCAGAUGCUCAAAGGUCUAAAGUACAUCCACUCCGCUGGCAUCGUCCACAGGGACCUGAAACCGGGCAACCUGGCUGUGAAUGAAGACUGUGAGCUGAAGAUCCUGGACUUUGGGCUGGCCCGCCACACAGACACUGAGAUGACGGGCUAUGUGGUGACCCGCUGGUACCGGGCCCCCGAGGUGAUCCUCAGCUGGAUGCAUUACAACCAGACAGUCGACAUCUGGUCUGUUGGUUGCAUCAUGGCAGAAAUGCUGACUGGAAAGACACUCUUCAAGGGCAAGGACUACCUGGACCAGCUGACCCAGAUCCUGAAAGUGACUGGGGUGCCAGGUGCCGAGUUCGUGCAGAAGCUGAAAGACAAGGCGGCCAAAUCCUAUAUUCAGUCCCUGCCCCAGAGCCCCAAGAAGGAUUUCACACAGCUCUUCCCACGCGCCAGUCCGCAAGCUGCAGACCUGCUCGACAAGAUGCUGGAGCUGGAUGUGGACAAGCGUCUGACCGCUGCUCAGGCACUGGCUCACCCCUUCUUUGAACCCUUCCGGGACCCUGAGGAGGAGACAGAGGCCCAGCAGCCUUUUGAUGAUGCCUUAGAACAUGAGAAACUCAGCGUGGACGAAUGGAAACAACACAUCUACAAAGAGAUCUCAAACUUCAGUCCCAUAGCCCGGAAGGACUCACGGCGACGAAGUGGCAUGAAGCUGCAGUGAUUGAUGGCUGGCCUCCAUGUAGCCCAGGUUGGCCUCCAUGUAGCCCAGGCUGGCCUUGAGUCUUCCUCCUCUCCUUUUUUGAGACAGGAUCUUACUGUGUAGCCCUGGAGCCCUGGCUAGACCUGCAACUCAAGAGAUCCACCCACCUCUGUUACCUGGGUGGUGGGAUUAAAGGCAUGCACCACUGCGCC